UGUUAUUCAGCUCCUCUCUGCAUGUCCACCAUGGCGGCGGCUUCUCCCACUGCGUCCUUCUCUGCAUCAUCCUCUCCUUUCUCCUCUUCUUCCUCUGCUGAAUCUCUAUUCCCCAAGCGCGUCCAUCUGUUAACUCUCCCUUUCUCUCAUUUUCCCCACAAAUCCAUUCAUCCCCAUUCCUUCCGGAUCUCCAGUUCCCUCUCUAAUCCUAAUCCCACCCCAAAAGCACCUUCUGUUUCCGUUUCCCCCGUCGCCGCCCCCAGCUCCACCACCACUAUCGGCGCCUCUGAACUGUUUGUUCCACGAUUUGCUCCUGACGAACCUAGAAAAGGUGCCGACAUCCUCGUAGAAGCCCUUGAAAGGCAAGGCGUCACUAAUGUUUUUGCCUACCCCGGCGGCGCGUCCAUGGAGAUCCACCAAGCUCUCACGCGCUCCAACAUCAUCCGUAACGUCCUUCCUCGUCAUGAGCAGGGCGGCAUCUUCGCCGCCGAGGGCUACGCUAAAUCCUCUGGCCUUCCUGGUGUAUGCAUUGCGACAUCUGGCCCCGGCGCCACCAAUCUCGUCAGCGGCCUCGCUGAUGCGAUGCUUGACAGUGUUCCCCUCGUUGCCAUCACCGGGCAGGUCCCGCGAAGAAUGAUCGGUACGGAUGCGUUCCAGGAAACUCCGAUUGUUGAGGUAACAAGAUCUAUCACGAAGCACAAUUAUCUCGUGAUGGAUGUUGAAGAUAUUCCUAGGAUUGUGAGUGAGGCAUUUUACUUAGCAACUUCCGGGCGACCCGGCCCGGUUCUAAUUGAUAUUCCAAAGGAUGUACAACAGCAGCUCGCCGUUCCGAGUUGGGGCCAACCCAUCAAGCUUGCUGGUUAUAGUUCCAGGUUACCCAAGUCUCCAGAUGGGAUCCAUCUGCAACAAAUAGCGAGGUUAAUAAUGGACUCGAAGAAACCAGUAUUGUAUGUUGGAGGUGGUUGUGUGAACUCAAGUGAAGAAUUGAGGCGUUUUGUUGAGCUCACUGGAAUUCCCGUUGCUAGUACUUUGAUGGGUUUAGGGGCAUAUCCUGUUGGUGAUGUAUAUUCCCUUCAAAUGCUUGGGAUGCAUGGUACUGUUUACGCUAAUUAUGCUGUCGAUCAAAGUGAUUUGUUGCUUGCAUUUGGAGUGAGGUUCGAUGAUCGUGUGACUGGAAAGCUCGAGGCGUUUGCUAGCCGAGCUAAAAUUGUGCAUAUUGACAUUGAUGCAGCUGAAAUAGGAAAGAAUAAGCUACCACAUGUAUCAAUUUGUGCCGAUAUUAAGGUGGCCUUGGAAAGUCUUAAUCAGAUUUUGGAAAGCAGAGAAAUUAGAGGGAAACUAGAUUUCCAAACGUGGAGAGAAGAGUUGAAUGAGCAAAAGCGCAAAUUCCCUUUGAGUUACAAGACGUUCGAGGAUGCUAUUUCUCCACAGCAUGCAAUUCAGAUUCUUGAUGAACUCACUAAUGGUGAUGCCAUCAUAAGUACAGGAGUUGGACAGCACCAGAUGUGGGCUGCUCAGUUUUACAAGUACAAGAGACCCCGCCAGUGGUUGACAUCAGGAGGUCUUGGCGCCAUGGGCUUCGGUUUGCCGGCUGCCGUAGGUGCUGCCGUCGUGAAUCCGGGUGUGGUUGUAGUUGACAUUGAUGGUGAUGGUAGUUUUCUUAUGAAUGUGCAAGAGCUAGCAACUGUAAGAGUAGAGAAUCUCCCUGUGAAGAUUUUGUUGCUGAAUAAUCAGCAUUUGGGUAUGGUUGUUCAAUGGGAGGAUCGGUUCUAUAAAUCGAACAGGGCUCAUACGUAUCUGGGAGAUCCAUCUAGGGAGCAUGAGAUUUUCCCAAACAUGUCGAAGAUUGCAGAAGGUUUUGGGAUUCCGGCAGCUCGUGUGACGAAGAAGGAAGAGCUCAGGGAAGCAAUCCAGAAAAUGUUGGAUACUCCUGGACCUUACCUUCUUGAUGUGAUUGUGCCUCAUCAAGAACAUGUGUUGCCAAUGAUUCCCAGCAAUGGAACCUUCAAGGAUGUGAUCACGGAAGGCGAUGGCAGAACGAGUCAGUGAUUCUGAAUGGUUAUGUACAAGUGUGUUUUGCUCCCUUCGUUCUAAGUUUUUACUACUACUUUUUUCUUUGCUUAAAACUAGAACUAGAAUCUUGUAGCUGCCUCCUGUCUCUGUACUAACUUUCUUUUAAUCGCUGUUUUCUUACCUCUAGUAAUAAUAUUAAUAUAUUUCUUGAGGAGAAUGUUUUUGUUUGAUUU